AUGACUACAUUAUCAACCCCCAUCCGCCGCGUGCUCACCGCGAGCGACCCUAAAGGCAACGGCUACUUCGCCUCCGAUGAUCUCCUCUCUCCCUACGAUCCCACAACCGCACCGGACUUCUCAAUUCCAACCGAAAAAUCAGCAUUCGGCGUUAUCCAAAUCCACCGCUCCCGUGGCUUCCCCGUCGACAAUCAACGUCCACUAGACAAGGAACCACACAAAACCCUCGUGCCCUUGGCGGACACUAAAGGUCCUUCAGCACGCCUAAUUGACCUCCCUCCCAACCAGGAAGGAGGCUGGAUGCAUCGCACACUCAGUCUGGAUUACGGCGUUGUGCUCAGUGGUUCGGUCACGCUCAUCACCGAUGGAGGAGCGGAAAAGACCCUCAAGGAGCAUGAUGUUAUUGUUAUGAGGGGCGUCAACCAUGCUUGGGUCAACCGUGGGAAGACCGUAGCGAGGAUAUUUGUGGUUGUUGUGCCGGCAUUGCCGAUUGUAACGGAGGACGGGGUGAAGUUGGAGAAGACUCCUGCGGGUGAGAUUUUUGAUCCAAAGGAGGAGGAUGAUUAG